GUAGGAAGUAGUGAAUGAGGAGAGAACACGCCAGUGUGUGCGGGCUGUUAAAUAGGAUUUUCUGAAAUAUCUGUCAAAAUAAUUUGUCGUUGAUUACACACCGUCAUUCCUCCGUGUCUAAACAGAAAGAUGUCACCAGAUGAAUUAGUCUACUUAGGAAUCCUUGCUGCAUCAGUACCUGUAGGAUUCCUAUUCCGCUGCCUAAGUCCUCCAGUCAAGCAGGGGGCAGCAUUGCUUACUGGUUUGAUCAUCACCAUAGCAACCUGUGGGAUCCACACUUUACACUCUCUUUUCACAGUGUUAGGAACAUGGCUAAUUAUAAAGAUCAACUGGAAGAGUGCCCCAUCUUUGACUUUGGGCUGGACAUUUCUUUACCUCCUCUUUUUUCGUAUGGUUACCUGGUUUGGCCUCCCUCAGCCAACACCAUUUGCCAAUGCUAUUCAGCUUCUUUUAACUUUAAAGAUGGUCAGUUUAGCCAAUGAGGUUCAAAGUUAUCACUUGGAUAAAAAACAGGAAGUGAGCGCCUUCUCCAAGUCCCCAGUGGUUGGAGGAUUGUCCCAUGAGCCCUCACUCUAUGACACAAUAUCAUAUAGCUACUGCUAUGUGGGCAUAAUGACAGGUCCCUUCUUCCGUUAUCAGACUUUUUUAGACUGGUUGCAGCAGUCCUGUCCCCUAUCUCUGCCGGGUAAAGAGGCCUGCCUUCAGAGGCUGAAGAUGGUGCCUGUUUACGGAGCUCUCUUCCUAGCAGUCAACUCUGUCUUUCCCUUGUCCUAUGUCCGUACUGAAGAAUUUUUGGAGCACAACUAUUUUUAUAGGUUUUUCUACAUGGUGGCAAUAUUCUUUGUAUUCCGGAUGCGUUUCUACUCCGCAUGGUGUGGCGCCGAGGCAGGCUGCAUCAGUGCAGGCCUAGGCUGUUACCCUCAGGGGGCGCUGUCCAAACCUGGGGGAGGGCCAACCGUGAAAUACAGCCCUGAUCCAGACUCAGUCGUGGAGUAUGAUUUUAAGACGAUCCAGAACAUUGAUUGUUAUAACACCGAUUUCUGCGUGAAGGUGCGACACGGCAUGCGGUACUGGAACAUGACUGUGCAGUGGUGGCUUCAUAACUACAUCUACCCCAACGCCCCUUUCAAAACAUACGCUCUCAGGGCUGGAUGGACUAUGCUAAUCAGCGCUUACUGGCAUGGCCUCCAUCCUGGUUACUACCUCUCAUUUCUCACCAUCCCACUCUGCAUCGCAGCAGAAUCAGCCAUGGAGGCCUCUGUCAGGGCCCGUUUGGAGCCAACAGGCCAGAAUAUCUUCGACUGGGUCCAUUGGUUCCUCAAGAUGAGGGCUUAUGACUAUAUGUGUAUGGGGUUUGUUCUCCUGAAGGCCAGCGACACCAUCAGCUACUGGAGUUCCAUAUAUUUCAUAAUUCACAUCAUCGCAUUUGGUUGUAUAUUAGUAGGACAAAUUAUGAAAGGGGGUAAAAAGAAAGAAAGGAGGGAACAAGGCAAAGGAGAUAAAGAGGUGAAGAAAGAGGAUGUGGUGGUGAGAGAGAAGGCAGAGUGAUAUUAAUGUGUGUAUGAUUGUGCUGUUUGGUGAAGAGUUGGCAUGUUUACAAGAACAGGAAGGAAAAAACACACUGUAAUAGCCAUCAACUGCCAUUUAGAUAUUGUUUGAGCUUUUCAGAUUUUUCUUUUUAUUACAAGAACAACACAGAGAAAGCAGUUACAGAUUGUGAUAAAAUCUUUUUUUUUAAUAACAGGGAAAAUACUGUUGGUCUUUAGUGAAUUUAGACAGUUAAAUAAAUGCUUAGUUUAAUAUAUUAAAGUCCCGCAGCUAUACCUGCACAUCCCAGGCUCUCAUCACUGGUGUUUUUGUGUUAUUUAAUAUUCCAUAAUACAUUUCCAUAAAAGGAUGCUUUUAUUUUCAAUUUAAUAGCAUGUGGAAAUCAUGAAAAUAACAUUGAAAAGAGAAGAGAGUUUGCCUCAAGGUUGGCUGCCUUCUCAAAAAUGCUGACUUUUUACUUUCAGAUCAAGACUGUGAGUUGAUGUCAGACUUUAAAUACGAAGUUGCAUGUCCUCAGUAUUUGCAGAGACCCUCUUUUCAAUAUUUUUCACGAACUCACUCUUUGCUUCUCUCCCCAGCCUCUUGUAUGUUUUUUGUAUAUCCCACGAUAAAGAAACCUCUAUAGGGUUAAUUUACCUAGCAUGGCAAGCUGAGGUUUAGCAUAGAGACCAUUGCGCCAAUGGUUUCUACGAUCUACUUAGGCUUAUAUUGCUUUUGGGAAACACAGCCCAGGUCAAUACUGUUUAAAUGAUACUCUUUUUCUAGGUUGCUAACUUGCUAUGAUCUAGUGGAGCGAGAUUUGUAUUAUAUAUUAAUCGCGGUGCUCUGUUGAACAGUGGCCCUGAGACUAGAUUUUCAGCUCCCCCACAAAGUACUUAUGACUGAAUACAUAUGUUUACAAAAAAUAUCCUCUCAUAUUAGACCUGUAUCACUAGUUUUAGCACAAAUCUAUGGAGCUCGACACUCCAGUGGUGUCACUAAGGUAAUUCAACCUUCAGAAGAACAAUAAAAGCAUUAAAAAUGAAAUGUAUGGGAUAUUAAAAGUUGGUUUGCCUUGUUUUUCAUCCAUUCUGAUGGGUGAAUUGAGUAUUUAUUAAUGGGUUAUGUUUCACAUGUACAGUAUCCGGGAUAUUUGUAUUCUACAACAAAUGUGACAGUGGUUGAGAACUUUUAUCUGUUUUCUUUCUUUUUCAGACCUAAUGUUUUGCUCUUUUCACUUAACAUUUGUUGUAAAUUACACUUUGGUGUAAAGUGUUGCUAAAACUGUUUGUGCUCUAAAUGUGAGCAUUUUUCACUCAUCUGUUCUUCAGAGUUAUUACUGCAUAUCUGAAUUAUCUCCACAUUCCUGCCCCUGAACAUAUUUGAAAUAAUCAGCCAGAUGAGAGAAAAACCUCACAUUUCUGUUGUGAGGGUGAAUUUGUUCAUUUGGAUUCUGUUUGAUUCUGGUUAAGAUUAAAAGUAAUAUUAAUUAAAUGUGAUUUUCUCAAAUUAUCAUGUAAAACUUAUUUAUUUGGGAAAGCACAAUACCACAAUUUUGGACUUUUUGUUCUGGAACACUGCAUGGUCGUGCUGGUGUUUAGAAGUUUAUUGAUCAGUUCAUAUUGUACACUGGUUUAAUUAUGUUUAUUCUACAUUUUAUCCUUGACAUGUAUCUUCUGGAGUAAUAAACACAAGAUGUAAAACUUGUAUCUUUGAAGCAGAUCUUUCAUUUUUGUUAGCAAAUUAAAUUCUCAAUGUCCUCUUGGAAGUACUUUUACCCUCAUUGAAACCACAGUGCUUUUAAUCCCUGCCAGAAUCCACCUGUUCAAAUUUCUGUUUGGAGACAAAAUGUGUUUAAAAAAAACAUCAUCUGGUUUUAACACGUGGGAUCACUUUUCAUAAAUGUGUCAUAAAUGUUUUAUUCUUUGGAUUUUCUUUUCUGUCAUGAUUGCCAGCACUCAAAAUAUUUGAAGAUAAUUGGAAAACUAUUACCUGCUCUUUUAGCCAUGUUUAAUCAAUGUUACAUAAAUGUGUGAUAAGAGAGGAAUGUUUUUAUUAUUUCACUUGUUUCUUAAAAGUGU